AUGUUCUUUAAUUACUCGCAGGAUCGUGGGUCGUUAAAGGUUAUUAUUCAUGGAUUGAAGUUGAAGAAGUUUUCUAAAGUUCAUGUGCCAGAUCCUGUAUUUCAUUGGAUUCGGGAAUCUGGACUGCUACAUCUCUCUUCAGCUUAUCUCACUAUGGCUGAUGUUGGUGUGAUAUCUGCCUUUGUUGAAAGACGUGUGGAAGUGAAAUAUGUUAGUUUGUUUAUUGAGUUAGAUAGUUGUCGGGACUAUUCGUGGGGUACCGCGAUAUUGGUUUUCAUGUAUGACAAUCUGAGAGAUGGAGAUGUCCACGACACUCGACAGUGGAGAGGUUACAUGACCCUAUUACAGCGUGUCGAUAGAGAAGCGAUUCCUACACAUCUUCCAAGAGCAUGUAGGUGGACUGCGAAACAUGUUGUUGAAGGCGAAUUGAUGACAUAUCGUCGGAGACUUGAUGCUUUGUCGCUCGAGGAUGUACUGUUUACACCAUAUGCUGAUGAUCGAGUUAAUCAUCCAUUUGUCAAGAUUUCGGUGUUCUCCAGAUACCUUCGAUGUGGUGGAGUCUCAGUCUCAUAUCUGCCAGAGCGAUGUCUUCGAUAG